GUCAUGGCUUUAGGAAUUCGCCCUAUCGAUUCAGAUCAAUAUCUCCAGAUUGUAAAAAAAAUGAUUCAAAAGAGUUUGAUUCAUUAAAAAAGAAUCGUUCAUUAAAAAAAACGCGAAUCGGACAUCACGCAGAUUUUCCCGCCCACAAGCAGAAAAUUGCGUCAUUUCUGCUAGUUUUUUUUUCUUGCUAGCGAUUUCUUCACGUGUCUCCCGCCAUCAACUUCUGCUAAGUCUGCUCAACAUGGAUGACUGGGAGGAAGAUCAGGGCCCUGUUGUAUCCUGCAUUUCAGGCUUUGAUGUUGAUGGCAGCUCAUGGAAGAUGACUGCUGGUGAUGGAUUCAGGGGCAGAGGAGGCAGGGGAGGAUCACGAGGAGGAAGGGGAGGCUUCAGAAAUACCUUCAUAUCGGAAACUGAUAUAAAUGGCAACGAUAAGGGCUGGAAAGAUGGUGAAGGCCAAGGGAGAGGUCGGGGUGGUUUUCGCGGUGGUUUUCGUGGUGCUUUCCGUAAUGGUGGUAAUGAAGAGACUGAGAGAAGAGGCUUUGAAAGAGAAAAUGAAAAUGGCAGAGAUGAGGGUUGGAAAGGAGGUGAAGGCCGAGGAAGAGGUCGUGGAGGCUUUCGUGGAGGUUUCCGUGAAGGUGGUGAUGAAGAGAAAGGAAGAAAAAGCUUUGGAAGAGGAGGUUUCAGAGGCCGAAAUGAGGAAGUGUUUUCCAAGGUCCAGCCAGAUCAAGAAACAGCUGAAAAUACAGGACCCAAGGUUGUGUAUGUGCCGCCGCCCCCUCCAGAAGAGGAGAGUUCCAUAUUUUCCCAUUAUGCCACAGGCAUUAAUUUUGACAAAUAUGAUGACAUUCUUGUGGAUGUGAGUGGCAGCAAUCCUCCAAAGGCUAUUAUGGCUUUUGCUGAAGCAAGACUUUGUGAAUCGCUGACAACGAAUGUAAUGAAAUCUGGAUAUGUGAAGCCUACUCCUGUUCAGAAACAUGGAAUUCCCAUUAUUUCUGCUGGACGAGAUCUAAUGGCUUGUGCCCAGACUGGAUCAGGAAAAACGGCGGCCUUCCUGUUGCCCAUCCUACAGCAGCUGAUGGCUGAUGGGGUGGCAGCCAGUAAGUUCAGUGAGGUGCAAGAGCCUGAGGCCAUAAUUGUGGCCCCCACCAGAGAGCUCAUCAAUCAGAUCUAUCUGGAGGCCAGGAAGUUUGCAUAUGGGACCUGUGUGCGUCCUGUGGUGGUUUAUGGUGGUAUAAAUACUGGAUACACCAUUCGAGAGGUGUUAAAGGGAUGCAAUAUUUUGUGCGGGACCCCAGGGCGAUUGCUUGACAUAAUUGGUCGUGGAAAGGUUGGCUUAAGUAAGCUGCGGUAUUUGGUCCUAGAUGAAGCCGACAGAAUGCUGGACAUGGGCUUUGAGCCAGAUAUGCGCAAGCUGGUGGGAUCUCCAGGAAUGCCUUCAAAAGAGGAUCGGCAAACACUCAUGUUCAGUGCCACCUACCCUGAAGAUAUUCAAAGGAUGGCUGCAGAUUUUUUGAAAGUGGACUACAUUUUCCUGGCUGUUGGUGUGGUUGGUGGAGCAUGCAGUGAUGUGGAGCAAACUAUCAUUCAGGUGGACCAGUACUCUAAGAGAGACCAGCUGCUCGAAGUGCUCAGAGCUACAGGGAAUGAACGCACAAUGGUCUUUGUUGAAACCAAAAGAAGUGCUGAUUUCAUAGCAACCUUUCUCUGUCAGGAGAAAAUCUGUACUACCAGCAUCCAUGGUGAUCGGGAGCAGCGAGAGCGAGAGAAGGCUCUCAGUGAUUUUCGCACAGGCCAGUGUCCAGUGCUGGUGGCCACGUCUGUCGCUGCCAGAGGUCUGGACAUUGAACAAGUCCAACAUGUUGUGAAUUUUGACCUGCCCAGCAGCAUCGACGAGUAUGUCCAUCGCAUCGGAAGAACUGGACGCUGUGGAAACAUUGGUCGGGCCGUGUCCUUCUUUAACCCAGAGUCUGACACUCCAUUAGCCCGCUCUCUGGUCAAAGUUCUGUCAGGGGCCCAACAGGAAGUUCCUAAAUGGCUGGAGGAAGCUGCUUUCAGUGCUCAUGGGACAACAGGCUUCAACCCACGUGGAAAAGUGUUUGCGUCUACAGACAGUCGGAAGAGAGGGUCCUUUAAGACUGAUGAACCACCUCAAGCUUCCACCCCAAGCCCAGCAGCUGCUGCAGAUGACGAGGAAUGGGAAUAACUACUCUUACACAUUGUUCCAUUACUUUUUUUAUUUAAUUUAAUUUUUUGUUUAUUAAUUUCUCCAGCAUGUUCGUUAAAAUGUUGGUUACGAAAGCAUUAGAGUAAAGCUGUUGCAUUGUCACGUUAUGCAUACUGUAGGUUUGAUCUGAAGGACAGAGUAUUAAUCAAGACAUAAUACCUUUUUAGCGGUUUGGUUUAAAUUAAUCUGAUUUAUAUCACUUGUUUUGAUUGAAGAGCACAACUGGAUUAGUGGAUUUGUUUUAUCACAUUAACACUUUGCUAAGAGCGUAUUGACUUUUUGAGAGAUUUCACCUGAAGGUCUUUGCUACAAUUGUACCAUAUCGGUCAGUUCUGUUAAAUGUGACAGUUUGUAGGUUAAUUUGACGUUUUUGUCUUAAAGCCAAAGUAUACAAGAAGCUUGUUUUGCUAGUGUACCUUGACAGAUGAAGGUAAAUAAAGUGAUUGUUUACCAGACAACUUAGUUUUAAAAAAAAAAUAAAAAAUUAUUCUUGCUUAAAAUUCACUUUAGAAGUUCUUGUGACUGCUGUACCACAAAGCGGCGCUUCACUUGUUAAAAUGGCUAAAAAAUAAAGAUGGAAGUUGACAUUAAA